AUGGUGUACCAAACCCCUUUGUUAAAGCAUGAAUUUGGACAUCAAAGUAAAUCGCCAACGAUCUACGUCAAAUAUGAAUCACUGCAGCCCAGCAGGAGCUUUAAGUUUAGAGGCAUUAGCCACUUUAUUGAAAGAGCUAUAAGCAGCAAGCCAAUUUUGGUCGAUACAAUGAAGGUCUAUUCAAGUUCAGGAGGGAAUGCCGGUUUAGCUGCUGCGACAGCUGCUAAGUCCUUCGGGAUGGAAUGCAUCGUGGUUGUACCCAAGACAACGAAACUGAGAAUGAUACAGAAAAUAGAAAAGGAAGGAGCAACUGUUUUGGUCCAUGGAGAAAACUGGGGACACGCGGAUACUUAUUUGCGGGAGACAAUCAUGAAAGAAGCGAAGUUGAAAGGUCUAACGCCUUUGUACGUCCACCCCUUCGAUAACGAAUUGAUUUGGGAGGGCCAUUCAAGCAUAGUUGAUGAAGUGCUCCUACAAUUAAAACAGGAGAACAUUCCUUCGGAGAAUCUCGCAGGUAUUGUUUGCAGCGUCGGUGGUGGAGGUUUGUUCAGUGGAAUCGUGAAAGGCCUAGAAAGGCACGGAUUGGCGGAAAGCGUACCAAUCAUAGCAGUUGAGACUGAAGGCAGUGAUGUGAUGGCGAAGUCCCUGCGUGCUGGAGAGCGCGUCGAAUUGAAUAAAAUUUCCACUGUAGCGUCUUCCCUGGGUUCGCCUUACCUUGCUGAGUUUGCCUAUCAAAGCGCGCGCAAGUAUGGUAGUAAGUCUGUGGUUCUCAGUGAUUGGGAAGUCGUUAGCACAACUUUGAAAUUCGCUGACGAAUUUAAUAUAAUCACAGAGCCAGCAUGCGGUGCCUCUUUACAUCUGGGCUAUUAUCCAGACAUCGUGGCUACCUCGUUGGAGCGAAACUUAACUCCAAAAGACAUUAUAGUUGUGAUCGCCUGUGGAGGAUCUUGCAUGUCUUAUGAAGAGUUAUUGAGCUUUAAACCCGCUGGAAUGGUUUGA